AUGUUUUGGCUGAAGCCCGCACAGGCUCGAUCGGAGGCAACGAACGCACUUGCCGCAACACAGCCCGGGCGGCAGCGCGCACUACAGGCGUCUGUUUGGCCGUAUGCGUGGAAGCGUCCACCGCAGCGCACUACAGCUGUUACGGAAACGCCUUCGCCGCCUCCAGGUCGGAGCCAGUGGUGGCGUUCUCAUGAGUCGAGCUCGGUUGAUUCUGGCCUCAGUGUUGGCUAUGUAUCGCCGAGUUCAACAACGCUGAGCGCGGGCUGCUCGAAUGGACGUGUUGUGACACCGUCUACGUUGUUGGUGCGUGAGCGACCGGGGAUACCUCGCGUUCGCUGCUUGCCGCGAGCUGCGCUAGCGGUCGGGACUGGCGCCUCAGAGAAUGCGGUGGAAACGGAGGAGGCAGAGCGCUUGCGUUGGCGGGAGCUUUUUGGAGAACUGGUGAAAUUGAACGAGAGCCUGUCGAAGCAGCCUGUGCUAGGCGGGUCGACGGUGGCGAUUGGAGGGCGGCGGCCCCCGAGCCCCGCGGUUCUUCCAGCGAGUUUUUCAAGCUCGGAAGACGAUUUCCGGUUGCGUCUGAACGAGAUCAACAAGAUAAUGCUCCAACGCUGGCGCCGAAAACGAGGGUUAGGCGGGGGCGGUGGUCUCUGGGGGCUUCUUGGCUUUGGGCCCUGGGCGGACGACAGCCAGCAGUCCGUCGUGUCAGAGUAUGAUGCGACAUCCGGAGCACCGUCGUUGUCAGCGGACUGCCUUCCAGGGCCACCAAUGGACCGUGACAUCGGGAUCAGUGGUCGUGGAAGUCCUCUGCGGUGGCUCGAGCGCCUCUGGGAUUUCAUUUGGGAGCAAGUCGGCCUACCCACUUUUGAAUCACCGCCCACUUUUGUUCUUGACGCUGUGAAACGGUCAGCUGUUGCUGCAUGGGAACGCGAGUUAGCUGAGUGGAAUCCUUUUUGGCUCAAUGAGACCAAAAUGACGAGGAACUGGACAUCGGGGGCGACGCCAGGGGUAGGAUCCCGCUCCAGUUCCUUUCUCGGUGGCACCAGUGGCCCGAUGACGCCUUGUCAUAGAUCGUGCGAUCCGCUGCGCUCGCAGGCCGGCUCUGUACCCGCGUCAGUGGAACGCGGUACAGGUGGCUGUCGUGCGACUGCUGACAGCGACACAUCCGCGGAACCGAGCAGUACGGGAUCAGGGGAUGCUGGCCGAGCUCGAUCGACUGGAAGCGCCACAGCGUCAUCGUUUCCAGUCGUAGCACCGGAGCCGAGACACCUCGUACCUGCAGAGCAUGGGGCAGAGCGCUCGCCACUCGCUUUGCUACCUCGAGAUUUGGAUGAGCGCACGUCCAGCCGGCCGCCUGUGGACGAGGAGCGAUGGACUCCUGACGACGGAAUCGGCAAUGCAAAGGGUGUCCACGAACCGGUAAGUGAUCCUGUCCGCGUCUCGUUCACGGAUGUCGAGGAAGUUUCCGUGCUAUCGUAUAUCCGGUCUGAUGAGGAGUUUCCCAUAUACGAAUUGAUCGCGGUCGAUACUCCGUUCGGACCGGCGAUCGCUUUUUUCGAGGAUGCACAGGAUGCUCAUGAAUCGGUCAUGUGUAUGGACGAGGCCAAGUAUCCCCACCUGACUUUUGAAACGAUCGAUUUUCAGCGCGCCCUGGAGUGCUGCUAUUAUGAAGGCAGUCAUUUCUUAUGGAUACCCAAACGUGGUCGGUUACCACAAGAUGUUAAGACUGUGGGAACCUUCAAUCGCGAAGGCGAUCCAGACGUGCUACGAGCACCCAUAGAUUGGCACGUGUGUGCCGCUGAGAAACUGUAUCCAGAUGACGAUCUCAGUGCUGAUGAGGCGCUGCGCCGCCAGCGAAUUACGGCGGAGAACGAAAUGCUUGCUCGUGGCUUCAUCAUCGAACCGAUCCCUGCGCCCGAGCGCCAUGUAUUUCCGAGCUCACCAAAGCGUACGGCACAUGCCGACGGAUAUUUGUUCAGUAUACGACCUCGAGCGCAGGCGGGAUCAGCUUGUGAUAGCCGAUGUGAUGCCAAAAGUCCAGCGCGGGAUUCACCGGCCGUGGGCCAAGCGCAGUAG